AUGUUGCUCAGCGAGCGCGUGACAACAUCUCCUCAGCGCGAAACGGCAAUGGAACGCCUUCUGAACUCUCUAGAAGAUCAAGGAAUGAAUAUGGAACGCCAGGAAAAGGACGAGAAGGAAGGGACGGCUCCCGUGCCAAAAGUAGCGCGGCUUCUGCGCGACGGCCAGGGAAAGUUUAUGUAUAUUGGUGAUUCGGCAAGUUUGUCGUUUUUACAGAAUUUGCGACGUGUCGUACUGUCUUCUAUUGGCCGAUGUGAGUUUACCGAGGACAACUCGCGACACUCAAUGCUCGAGGCGUUUCAAAGCAACCCAAGCACUCAGCCCGGAGCUCUAGUUACACCACCAACCAACGACGAAGCCCAACGAUUAGCUCGUCAGUUUGUGCUCGCCACAAGCCCAUUGCUUGACUUAUUCGAUUUGGAAGAGUUCCAUCCACGGCUGGCUAAUUGGGUUGCAAACCCGUCGGGUGACGAGGAUACCGUUAGCUCUAUCUUCUAUCUCGUCCUUGCAAUUGGAGCUCAGGUCUCUGAUAUUGAUCAGACGGUGGCUGAGCAAUAUUUUGGCAGCGGCCGUCAACUAGCUUUCUCGGCAUUUCAGGAAACCCCCAGCAUACACACAAUUCAAUCAUACAUUUUGGUUUCCAUGUAUAUGCUCGGCGCAUGCAGGCGCAAUGGUGCAUUUAUGAAUCUGGGUGUUGCUUUACGUGCUGCAUACGCAGUAGGAAUUCAUCGCAAGGACGCAAACGCGCUCUUUUGCGGGCGUGAGCGCCGAGCGAGGGAGCGAGUCUGGAAGAGUCUUCGGAUGAUGGACCUAUUCCUCAGCGCCUCCUUGGGACGCCCUCCCGCGACUUCAGACUAUGACCAUGAUAUACGUGAAGACACUCUUAUAUCAGCGGAAUCACAACCUCGUUUGACCGUAGAUCAACAAGUUUCUGCUGCGGUGAUCUCUCUUUGUCGAAUAUUCGAACGGAUCUUGACCGAUGUGUACAUGAAGCAAGUCAUAUCAAUCAAUGUUGCCGAGAAGGUCUCCAACCAGCAUCGGGCUUGGGUUCGCACUCUACCAACAAUCCUCAAAAUGCAGACCGAGCGGCUCGAAAACAAAUCCAUGGAGAACAGCCUAGCUGCAGCUCAUGUGUUCGGGUCAUAUUACUGGUCUAUCAUCCUUUUGACACGGCCGUUCCUCAUAUACCGUGUCGCCCAGUAUGUCAAAGGCAAACCUGAUUCAUCCUCCGAAACUCGAAAUGGUAGCUCCCGAGUGUCCUUGUUCGCCGAUGCAUGUGUCUAUUCCGCCCUCCGAGGCCUAGACGUGGUCGAUGAUCUCCGCCAUUAUUCCUCACUUCCACGACGACUACCCUUCUUGAUCAACUCUGUCUUCAACUCUGUCAUCGUCCUAGGCGCUGCAUGUUUCGCCGACUAUGAUAAUAUCCUCCCCUUGGAAGAGGGAUUGAAUAAAGCCGAACGGUUCCUAGGACUAUUUGUCCCGCACGACCCACACGCAUGCCGUUUCUUUCAGAUCAUCAAAUACCUUCGUGCUGCUAUAACCGAGUAUGUUUCCCGGCGAAAUAAACAAUGGAUGAAUAGGCGCAGCAAACAGGUUGACCAGCUCUUCGGUCAAGUCGGUGGCGACGAGGAUCGCAACUCCCCAGAUGCUCCGCCUUUCACCGGUCCAGGUGAUAUUCACCCAUCUGCACCUGCAACUGCACUUUCUCCUACCUCCCCUGGCAAAACACCCGCUGGCACUUCCUACAUCCCCUCCGAACCACUCCCUCAACCUCAAUUCUCAACCGACAACGACGUGUGGGAAGCCCUGUGCAAUGGCUCAGACCCCACUGCAGCUUUGUCCUAUGAUGCAGCGAUUUCUGCGUUAACCACCUCGGGAAUUCCGGUGGGCUGCUCUCCUGGCGGGACUAUUCCUUCCGGUCCACCCCCGGUGUCCGGCCCAUCCCCGCUUUCGGACGUGAUGUUCCCCGAUAAUGGUCUGUUGUAUAUGGCUGAGGAUCUUCCGGUCUUCGGCAUCUGGGGGGAUGAGCCGUGA